ACAAAAAUCAUCACUUUCUCUUUCUCUCUUCUUCAAAAGUCUCUGUCUCUCCACUGUUCUUGAAACACCAUUGAUACAAUGAUGAACGUGCUCAUCGAUACUGAGAGUGGCUCAUCGUUCUCCAUUACUGUUGAUUUCUGGGAGACAGUGUUAUCGAUAAAAGAAAAAAUCGAGAAGUCUCAAGGUAUCCCUGCUUCGAAACAAACUCUUUACUUCCAAGGCAAGGUUCUUCAAGAUCAUCUUCCUAAGUUUGAUUGCCAGCUUCUCUUAGACUCUCGUCUCCUUCUCUAUAUCUCUCCCGAGGAUAACCCUAAUCAGAACAACGAUCAAAUGCUUAUAGAUUCAGCGACAGGCAAAAAGAUCACGAAGGUGGUGGCGAGGAGAAUCCACAAUGAAUAUUCAUCAGGACCGGCAUAUUCACUUGUUGAGUUACUUGUCCCUCAAGAUUCAACAAUGAAGGUGACGGUUGGGAAUCAAGUAGUUCAAACCACCGAGCAAUCUCCACCGUCAGACUCAGCCAAAGAGAAACUGACAGUAUAUGUGAAGCCAUAUGAAGAUGAUCCCAGGAUCGUUCAAGUAGAGGUUAACGCAGAUGAUAACGUUGAAGAACUAAGGAAAGAGCUGGUUAAGAUGCAAGAGAGGGGUGAGUUAUAUCUGCCUCACGAAGGGUUUUACUUAGUAUACAGUGCGUUACCAUUGACCGAAUCUGAGUCAUUCAAGUGGAACCUUGUGUUCUUCGAGAUUCAGAGUGGCUCAUCGUUCGAUAUUGAAGUGUAUUACAAGGAUACAGUGUUAGAGAUGAAAGAGAAGAUCGAGAAGUUUCAACGUAUCUCUGUUUCAAAACAAUCCCUUAUCUUCGACGGCACUGUUCUUCGAGACGAUCUUGAUAUCGAACAGUUCAAGAUCGUCCACGGAUCUCGUCUUCAACUCUUCGUUUCUCCUGAUCAUAACCCUAAUCAAACGGAGCAAUCUCCUCCACCGUCAAACUCAACAGAACAGAUCAUUGACGGUCAUCAAGAGUCGACUCUGACGGAUCAAACAGAGCAAUCUCCAUCGUCAAACUCAGUCAAAGAGAUGAUCACUAACAUUAAAGAUUCGUCUGAGAAGGAGAGGAUUCCGAAGAAGCGGAUUGUCGUAUACGUUUUGCCGUAUUCCGGUGAGAGUGAAGCUGUCAAGGAGGUUCCGGUGGCUGUGAAUGUGAAGAUGAACGAUAACGUAAAAGAACUGAGGAACGAGUUGGUGAAGAUUGAAGAGAAUGGUGAGUUAAAUCUGCCUCAAGAAGGGUAUUUUCUUAUACACAAAAACAGAGUAUUGAACGAGAAUCAGUCAUUCUGGGUGGUUGGUGUUGAUCACAACGAUACAAUUGAGAUCCUUCCUACACAUCUUACUCGUGGCUCUUUUAACCUUGACUCUUAAGUUACAUUUCUUUGAGUAGCAGAAAAUUGUAUAUCUCCAUACAUUGAACAAAAGCUAUGAUUACAUUGUAUAUCCUAUUGAAGGUUCAACUAUCUGCAGUCUCCUCUUUCCUCUUGCUUUGUUCAAAGUUUGCUUUCCGUUUCACAGCUUUUGGUCAUUGCACAAUCCGAGUUUGUUCCUCUUAAAGCAUAAAACCCUAAAAAGAAU